UUUUUGGAUAAUCUGUCAUUGAUCCCGCCUCUCGGCGAUGACGUCACCGCUAGCGCGCGUUCACUCAGCGUCGAGUCUUCUGAGGAGAGAAAUUCAUAUUCAGGGAAGCUCCUCCCACAAACCUUGCAGAAUGAAACACACUGAAGAUGCUGAAGAGCAAACAGAGUUGAUUGAAGAAAACAAGGAGAAUGAAGAAUUGAGUGAAGUUGAGGAGAAAAAUCAUGCUAAAACUGGAGAAAAACCUUUGGGUUGGUCUCAAACCAAGCAUAAAGAUUUAAAUAAAAUAAGAGCUAAGAAAUCUUUCACCUGCACUCAGUGUGUAAAGGGUUUCUCAUUCAAACAUCAUCUUGUGCUUCACAUGAGAGUUCAUACUGGAGAGAAACCGUACACAUGUGAUCAAUGUGGGAAGAGCUUCACUCAGUCAUCAAGCCUUAAGAUACACAUGAAUAUCCACACUGGAGAGAAACCAAACAAGUGUUCACACUGUGACAAGAGAUUCAGUCGAUCAAGAGACCUGAAAACACACGAGAGGAUCCACACUGGAGAAAAACCGUACACAUGUGAUCAAUGUGGGAAGAGCUUCACACUAAAAGGACACCUUACAGAGCAUAUAAGAGUUCAUACUGGAGCGAAGCCAUUCACUUGUGAUCACUGUGGAAAGAGUUUUGCACGAUCAUCAAACCUUAACGAACACAUGAACAUCCACACUAGAGAGAAACUGCACGCAUGUGAUCAAUGCAGCAAAACAUUUUUGAGAGCUUCAGUCCUGAAGACACACCUGAAAGUGCAUACAAAGGAGAAGCCACAUUCAUGUCAUUUGUGUGGAAAGAGCUUUUCAUGUCUACAAAAUUUAAAAGUACAUCUGUGUCGCUGGGAGCCACCACCGCGCAAGGAGCUGAAGCGAGCGCCGCCGCCUCGGAAGGUUCCGCAGCAUGUGCAGCCACCUCUGGAGAAACUGCAGCAGACGCCAUCUCCUCUGCUUUUGAAGCAAGCAGGAAUAUCUGGAGGAGUAUCAUCUGAACUGAGGUCUGCUGCUGUGAAGAUGGUGUUUGUUAAAGAGGAGAGUGAGGAGGACACGAGUGAACCAGAAACCUGGAGAAUAAAACACGAGGAACCAGAAACCUGGAGAAUAAAACACGAGGAACCAGACACAUGGAGAAUAAAACAGGAGGAACCAGAAACCCGGAGAAUAAAACAGGAGGAACCAGAACCCUGGAGAAUAAAACACGAGGAACCAGAGCCCUGGAGAAUAAAACAGGAGGAACAAGGAGGCCUGAUGAAAGUGAAAGAGGAAAGACAAGAUCUGAAUGAAGUGGAGGAGAAACACAAGGAUCAGAAAGAUCAUGAUGUCGGUGGAGAAAAAUCUGUGAGUUGCAGCAUUCAAAUAACAGACGUCAAAAGGCUUUUCAGCUGCUCUCAGUGUGGAAACACUUUCAAACAGAAAGGAAGCCUUAAGAAACACAUGAGAAUUCAUCGUGGGGAAAAGUGUUUCAGCUGCUCUCAGUGCGGAAACACUUUCACGUGUAACAAAAGCCUUAAGGAUCACAUGUUAAUUCAUGCUGGGAUAAAGUCUUUCGUCUGCUCUCAGUGUGGAAAGAGUUUCACUCAGAAAGGACAACUUAAGAAUCAUUUGCUAACUCACACUUCAGAAAAGCCUUUCAGCUGCUCUCAGUGUGAAAAUUCUUUCACACGUAAAGCAAGCCUCGAAAAGCACAUGUUAAUUCAUACUGGGAUAAAGUCUUACAGCUGCUCUGAGUGUGGAAAGAGUUUUACACAGAAAGUGCACCUUGAAAAUCAUUUGGUAACUCACUCUUCAGAAAAGCCUUUCAGCUGCUCUCAGUGUGGAAAUGCUUUCACACGUAAAGCAAGCCUUAAGAAACACAUGUUAAUUCACACUGGAAUAAAACCUUUCACCUGCUCUCAGUGUGGAAAGAGUUUCACAUGUAAAGGAAUCCUAAGGAAUCACAUGUUAAUUCAUACUGAAAUAAAACCUUUCAGCUGCUCUCAGUGCGGAAACACUUUCAAACAGAAAGGAAGCUUUACAAAACACAUGAGAAUUCAUAGUGGGGAAAAGCCUUUCAACUGUUUUCAGUGUGGAAACACUUUCACAUGUAACAAAAACCUUAAGAAUCACAUGUUAAUUCAUGCUGGAUUAAAGCCUUUUACCUGCUCUCAGUGUGGAAAGAGUUUUACACAGAAAGGACACCUUGAGAAUCAUUUGGUAACUCACUCUUCAGAAAAGCCUUUCAGCUGCUCUCAGUGUGGAAACACUUUCACACGUAAAGCAAACCUCGAGAAGCACAUGUUAAUUCACACUGGGAUAACGCCUUAGCUGUGCUCUCAGUGUGGAAAACUUUUACACAGAAAGGGCACCUUAAGGUUCACGCUGUCAACACACAUUUAUGCUGUAAAAGUGAAUUUUUGCAUCUGAUGACUGAAACUUGUGUGCUGUGUAGGGGUGGAUAUUGUUAAGGUUUUACACUACUGAUCCAUCUGGUAUUUUAAGUGUUCUUACUGGUUCUUUUUGUUAUUUAAAAAGAAAAACAAAACAGACAUUUUAAAGAAAUUAAAAACAAAUUCAGAACAUUGCUGACAUUUAAAAAUGUAUCAGUCCCUUUGGCCCAAUUUUUUGAAUUUUUUUUUUUUCUCAAAACUAAUAAACUAUGAAAUAUGUUAAGCUCUUUGAACAGUUAGUUUCUUGUUCACUUAUUCUUGUUCAUUAUAUGUCUCUUCAUGAAAGAAAUGUGUAAAAAUAGACACGCAAAUAUGACUUUUCUGUUUACAUGCAACACACUACCACACAAAUAAAUGUACUGAAUGAAAUCAAAUGUGCAUAUUCUUUCUCUGUUUACUAUUGACUUUUCCCAGUAAACUUUUACUUACCAUUGCAAUUAACUGAUGAACACAUUCGUGUGGGGCCCAAAUUGGUUGCACCAAGGGCGUGGUUAAUUUUGUCCCAUAAAACAACACGUCAUCUGCUGAGAAUUUAUUUAUUUGUGCAAAAAACAUGCUGAAAAAUGAAUCAAACACAGCGAGGUAGUAGUAGCAAGGAAACGACAAGCAACAUGCUCCCAUUCAUUUCAAUGGAGAGCCAACGAUUUCCAGUGACAUGAGCGACAGGAUGUAGGCGUGUCCAGUGCCUACAAUGGAGGAAAUGUUAGAGCCAUGAAAACAAUACUCCUGCAUUUAUGAUGUUUCCCUGAGGGACUACUGCAACAGAGCAAAGGUCAAAUAAAAACAUAUUUUACCUCAAGUUCUGUUUGGAGAAUUGACAGUCCAUACUGUUCUCUUCAUGCAAUCCACAGUAAAAUACACGUACAAAUUUUUACAGACAGGGGCCACUUGUACUUUUACGGGAUACAAUUUUAAAAUCUCAUGCUUGUCAUGUGACACACAACAGCCACAAUACCUCUGUAUAACAGAUGUAGGAUUAUGUCCCUACUGAGAAAAAAAAAAAAAAAAAAAGGUUUCCACUACAA